CAGUCUCUUCUGAAUGGAGCGUCUUUAACGGGAGAGUGAAGGACUUAACGUUGAGCAACCCCAACAAAAAGAAAUUAAAAAAUACCAUGAGAGCCCUGCAUCCAGUCCUGGUUGGUGCCUUGGUGACCCUGCUGCUCUGCCUGCCCGGCCCCGCGCACGGAGAAUCUUACUUUGGGGACAGCCACUGUAACAUAGUAGUCGUCCAAGAUGUUGUAACCUUUCGGCUGUCUCUGAAGUUCAAAACGAAUCGCCCAAGUGGUCUUCUGCUUCUGGCUGCUGGCAUGGAGGACUACCUGAUCCUGGAGCUGCUGAACGGGAAACUACAGGCACGAAUGAAAGUGGAAACUGGAGAAGUCAAGCUGUCCUCUUCUCAAGAAGUGCUGUUGAACAACCUCAGGGACCACCAGGUGUUUCUGACAUUGCAAGACGGCAAGCUCACCAUGACGAUAGUUAAUCUGUUUUCAACAAACGUCCUGGUGGAUCUUGGUGGAGAAAGGCUAAAUAUCGACCGUGGCAUUUGGCUUGGAGGAACCGGUGACCUGGACACUCCCUAUCUCAGCAACGCCAUCCCACCUUUCCGUGGCUGCAUUACCGACGUUAAGUUCGAAUCCCAUCAGUUCAACAUUCUCAGCUCAGCAUUUAAGCAGUGCCAAGACACCAAGGAAUCUUGCAGCAGUGAAUUUGAGCAUGCAGAUGGGGAGACAAUCAGUUUCAGCACUCCAGAUUCCUUUGUGUCCUUCUCUACAUGGAGUGAAUCUAUUCGUGCUCCAAUGUCACUGGAGUUUCUAAUGAAGACCACCAUAGAGGAUGCUUUACUUGUCUUCCAUCAUGGCCAAAUGUCAGAUUUGAUUGCCAUCGGUGUUGUAAAAGGAUAUCUCAAAGGGGUUUUGGAUCUAGGAGAUGGUUUAAAGUCACUUGAAAAUACACAGGUGCAGCUGGAUGAUGACCAGUGGCACAGGGUCAAUAUUCAGGUUAGCCCAGAUUCUUUUGUUCUUAAAGUAGACAGCCAGUCAUCCUCCAUUCCUCUAGACUCAUCACAAAAACUGGAUUUGGUAGGAAACCUGUACUUUGGAGGUAUCCAGAAGAAGAUGAAGGAAGUAUUUAGUGAAAGUGGGUCCUUGAAUCGUUUUGAGGACUUCAUCACAUCUGAGUCUUUCAUUGGAUGCUUUGGGGAAAUUAAAGUAAAUCAACGGAACAAAGGUCUGCAGGAUGCUUUGGUGACCAAAGAUGUCCAUAUAAAAUGUGAAGGAGACGACUAUGACUACUCAACUUAUGGAGAUUUUGAUGGACCCACCACUUCUUCACCCAUCAUUGAUUUCGUGACUCAAUUUGCUGAACCUCAAUUAAACGAGCAAGAAUGUUAUCCAACCGAUUCUGAACCUGAGGUGUUCAGGAAUGUAACAAAACUUCUCAACAUCACCACUUUGCGAGUACCUGAUGGUGAAGAAGCCUAUCUUGAUAUCAACAACCUGAGACCUACAUUUGACCUCAGCGCUGCUGGGAUGAGCCAAUCGCAAAUUAUCUUUACACUCACCGGUGAUCCCUGGUAUGGCCUGGUUGACAUUAAUGUCAAUAGGAACUUUGAAAAAUUCUCUCUGCUUGAUGUGGUCAACAAGAAAAUCAAGUAUAUGCAUGAUGGAAAUGGAGGAACCAGUGAUAAGAUCUCCUUAUAUGUACGUGUUCUAAGUAACAGCUACCUUCCAGAGUGCCUAAAAGGUACCCACAGUUAUUCGAUUCCGGUGGAAAUUAUUCCAGGCCGGGCCUCACCAGGAUCCACUGUAGAACUUCCUAUCACAGAAAAGGGAAGAUCUCAUUUGAGCCCCAGCCUUCUUAAAAUAAGUCAAUCUGCCUCCAAUUGUGACCAGUUAGUAAUAACUGUGACCUCAGCUCCCUCUUUUGAUUUUGGUUACCUUGUAAAUAGUCAGCAACCAGGAAGAAGAAUCUCAGAGUUUACAUGCAGAGAACUGAAAGAUGGAAAUAUCUAUUUUGUACACAAAGCAGGCAGUACCAGUGAAAUGACCUUGAAAAUGUCGGACGGUGGAUCAGUAACUCAGUCAAACACUUUUAUGUUUUUGGCGAUUCAACCAAAUGCGGUCAUUGUCGGCACCACUGGCCUUAGCGUAGUCCAAGGGAGCAAUGCGUCAAUAGGGAUUCAGAAUCUGGCUGUCAUCCCUCAUCCUCGUAAUGGGGAUAUUUUAUACAUUGUCACACAACCUCCUGUGUUAGGAGAAUUAAGAGUUAGGGGAAGUGAUGGCGUGUACACACAAGUUACAAGUUUUCAUCAGUUUCAUCUGGAUCGAGAGCUAAUUAGGUAUUUUAGCACAGAUGCAGAUAGCCAUGAAAACACUGUGGUGGAUAACAUUCUGUUCGACAUCCAUUUGGGAGAGUUUGUUCUCACAAAUAACCUCUUCCGAGUUGAGAUCCAACCUCCCAAAGUAAAAGUUUCAUAUCUGGAACCUCUGGAAGCCAAACCUGGAGAGAAGCAGAUAAUCACAAAGCUUCAGGCUGAAGUGCAAGGAAAAAACCCAAAUCCGCAAACAAUUAAAUACAUUCUUGUGAAGUCUCCUGCACAUGGUAGUCUCCAGAUAUCAGACAAAGAGUUGAACGAGGGUGACAUGUUCACACAGAAGGACAUUUCGGACAAUGCUUUGAGUUACAUAGUGCGGAUGCAAGGAUUUGUGGAUACUAAUGACCAGUUUCAGUUUAGAGUCUCUGUUGAGGACCAGUACUCUCCAUUAUACAGCUUCCCAAUAAGCAUACUUGCUGGAACAGAUGACUAUGUUUUGACAAAUAAUCAUCUUGUUGUUUUACAAGGAGGUGAGCAAGCUUUGAACAAAAACCAUCUCUGGCUGCAGUUUUCAGUUUCCCCAGACAUUUUGUAUAGAGUCACACAAGAACCAAAGCAUGGACGCCUUAUAAGGGAUACCCCAGGACUGCCUAGAUUUGAUGGGGCAGUUAGAUAUUUUAGUAAUGAAGAUCUUGUACAUGGUCAGCUGAUUUACAAGCAUGAUGGUUCCAGGACUACAAGCGACGAGUUCCACUUCUCAGCCACUCAGGAAGACACAGACAGUCCAAAAGUGGUGACGGGUAUCUUCAAUAUACAGAUUCAAUUCAAGAAUGAGCAUGUCCCUGUGAGGAUAGUGGAUAAAGUCUUCAACGUGGUCCGCCGGGGUCAGCGCUUGCUCACAACCAACGUCAUUCAGUUUAAAGACGACGACUCAAAUUUCAAUGACACUCAAAUUGUUUAUGCCAGAGAAGGAAUUCUUUCGGGCAAUAUCAUGUCGGCGUCCAAUCCGUCGCAGCCAGUUUUCCGUUUUACACAAGCUGACCUGAGGGAAAAGAAAAUCUUAUUUGUUCAUCAUGGAGCAGAUCAAGAACGGUUUCCCCUGCAGGUUUCAGACGGCUUUCAUAAAACCACCGCGAUGCUUCAGAUCCAAGCUGGUGAGCCCUACCUUCAAUUGGUGAACAACACAAUGAUCGUCAUUGACCAUGGAAGUACCAAGACCCUAGAUACCAGCCUAUUGAGCGCAGACUCCAACAUGGACAUCAGAGAUGAUAGCGAGAUUAAGUUCGAGGUAACGUCCCCACCCAGCGAUGGCAGGAUUAUCGUGAGUGGGAUUGAGGCUUCACAAUUCACCCAGGAGGACUUGAAAAAGGGAGUCGUCUCAUAUGAGCACAAUUAUGAAAGCCUUAAGGCCAAGGAUUCCUUUGGAUUCACAGUGCGAGCUAAGGAACUUUCUGAAAAAGGCAUAUUUAAGAUAAAGAUUUUUAAACAAGGUUACCUUUCAGAGCCAGAGGUGAUAACCAAUGAGGUCAUCAUUUCUUAUGAGGGGGAGCAUACCAUAAUCAGCCAGGAUCAUCUCAAGGUGGAGCAGACCGAUAUCCUUCCUACAGACAUGAUUUUCACACUGAAGAGAUUGCCUAGUCUCGGUCAUGUGGUCAUGCUGAAAAACAGUUCAGAGGUCACAGCCUCCCCGGUCCUCGAUUACAUCCACUCUUUCUCUCAGGAAGACAUCGAUCUGAGCCGCGUCUUUUACGUGUCUGCAUCUUUGCAGGGAAGCGACAGUUUCACGUUGGAUGUGAGCAAUGGUUUCAGCACGGUGGAGGACCUGACCGUCAAAGUGGAAAUCAUGCCCCGAUUUAUACCCAUUCAGGCGUCCAACUUCUCCAUCAAGGAAGGCCUCAGUCGCGUGAUUAACGAGCAGAUUCUGAACAUCUCGAAUCACUUCUACAGCUUAGCAAACAUCGACUUUUCUGUGGAGGAGCUUCCGCAGCACGGUGAAAUCCGCAACCAGGAAGGAGACGAGCUCUCUUACUUUACAUGGGAUGAUGUAAAAUUUGGACAGGUCGUCUACAUGCACGACAGCAGCGAGACCAUGGAGGACAGUUUCACACUCUCUGCCUCGUCGUACGAGAUUGAGCGCCGCAGCCUCCCUGUCACCAUCUCAGUCACUAUCAUACCGGUGAACGAUGAGCCACCAAUGGUGACACGCAACACCGGCCUGGAGGUUCUUCCCGGCGAGCAAGUCGCCAUCACCGCCAGUGUGCUGAGCACAGAGGACGCCGAUUCCCCCGCGGAGGAGCUGGUUUAUCACGUAGAAAUGCCAACCAACGGGGUGAUGACAUUAAAACAGGAGCCGGGGCAGAGCAUUCUGAAUUUCUCCCAGGCUCACAUAAACAGAGGGGAGAUCAUCUUCACCCACGAGGGUGAAGAAUCCGGUGAGUUCAGCUUCACGGUGACAGAUGGAGAGCACACGUCUCCUCUCUAUCGAUUUGUCAUCAAGGCCAGGCCUCACACCAUCACCUUGGAAACGGGGGAGGAACUCAUGGUGUUCCCAGGAACACGACAGGUCAUCCAGACCGCUAACCUUAAAGUUGGAACCAGCGAGGACGGGAAUGAAGCGAGCUUCCUGCUCGUCCGUGCGCCUCGUUUGGGAAGGCUUAUCCUGGCCAAUGAGCGGAACCAGUUUGUAGAAACUAACUUGUUCUCACAGUCACAGUUGGAGUCUGGAGCAGUCUACUAUGAGCACCAGCUGCCCACUGAGCCUUUCUGGGUGGUCAGAGACUCUAUGGAGUUCACUGUAUCACCUCAGGCUUCUGCAGACGUCCGCCACGCACUGCCCAUCAAAGUCUCCUACCAUGCUGCUCAUAGCAACAUUUCUUCUCAGAUGUGGAGGAACAAAGGGCUUGAAAUUGUGCAGGGUCAGAGAAAAGCAAUUGACAAUUCCAUUCUUGAUGCCUCCAACCUUCUGGGAAGUCUACCUGAAGAAAAGAAAAUGGACGUGGACGUUCUUUUCGAAAUAAAGCGUUUCCCUGAUCAUGGUCGUAUCACCCUAAAGGGUGAGGAUCUACCCCGUGACGAUCCGUUCUUCACACAAUCAGACGUAUCUCAGGGAAAGUUGGAGUAUCUUCACGAUGACUCGGGGGCUGCUUUUGACAGCCUUGCUUUCAAGGCCUAUCUGAAGUUAGGAAGUGGUGGUAGGGCCUCCCCUGCUGAGUCCAUAAUCCUGGAGGAGAUCUUUCAUAUUUCAGUCAAACGACGUGGUUCCAACCCCCCUGAAUUAGUCACUACAGAUAUGCUUCUGGAAGUUCUCCAAGGCUCCAAGACCUCACUAACCCAGAAGCAUCUCAACACCCAAGAUGAAGACAAUCCACCAGAUGAGGUGCUCUUCAAGGUGACCAAAGCCCCUCGUAAUGGCUAUCUCCUUAACUCCGUUACGUCAGAACCUCUCUCCAAGUUCACUCAAGAAAUGAUCAAUCGCGUAGAGGUGGCCUUCCAGAGUGACGGCACCCUUAAAGACGGAUUUGUGGAAUUCACCAUAUCAGAUGGCGAGCAUGAAACGGAGCCACACACACUCCACAUAGGAAUCUUAGCUCGCACCCUGCUUCUCAAUCAAGUCCCAGAGAUCAAGGUACGACAGGGAGAUGAUCAGAUUCUUGUGACUGAGGAGAUGUUGAGGGUCUCUACAGGUGGUCCUGUUGAGGAGGACAUCCUUUAUAAAAUCACCAAUACUCCAAAAUAUGCGGCUGUCAUGGUAGACAGGCAGCCUACAUCUGCCUUCACCCAGAAACAGAUCAAAGAAGGAAGAGUCAGUGUCCGUUUUGUCAAGUCCACUUCACCCCGAGACAGUGUUUCGUUUACAGCCCGUAGCCGGGCUGCCAAUGUUUCCUCAGUCCUCAACAUCACUGUUCAGCCUCUGGCUAAAAUUGCUCAAAAUCCUUUAUUACCUCAAGGCUCACUUAUCCAGCUGGACAGAAAGCUUUUGGAUGCAUCUCCACUAGCUAACAAGACAAGAGCCUCACCCACAUUCACAGUCAUCCAGCAGCCAAGAGGAGCUCGUAUUGUGGAGUUUAAGGAUCCUGAUGCUGGCCAGCCAAUACAGACAUUUACCCAGAAGGACCUGGAUGAAGGCCGUGUAGCAAUGGAAAUAUUAGAUACUGCCUCAAGAUCAAAAGCGAAGGGUAAUCAGGAUGAAGCUCGGUUCCUGCUGAAAGCCCAUGGAGUCCCUCCAGCAGAAUGCAUCCUUUCAUUCCAGACAAGCCCUUACAACACCUCUGUAGUAUAUCCUGCCACUCUGCUAAAGAAUCCUGAUAAAAAAUUCAGGCUCCCAGGAGAUAAUGUCACCCCAUCAUCCCCUGACUCUGGUACCAACGGGAAACCACACGUUUCCCGUCGUGGGAAUUUUUGGUCCAUCUUCAUUCCCAUUCUAGUUGUCCUCCUUCUCUUACUACUGGCAGGCGUCUUGGCCUACUAUCUAAUCCGUAAAAACAAAACAGGAAAACACAACGUCCAGACAGUGGCCUCAAAGCCCAAAAACGGAGAGGCGGCCACAACGGAAACCUUUCGCAAAACGGACCCAGCCAACAACAUUCCUAUGUCCAAUGUGGACUCUAAAGGGGCGGAUCCAGAGUUACUUCAGCACUGUCGGACAACGAACCCGGCCUUGAAAAAGAACCAGUACUGGGUUUGAAACACUUUGAUUUUGGACAUACAAGGAGGUGGACUUCAUUUAUGUUGGUGUUUAAAUUUUCCUACAGCAGUUUAAAUGAAACACACUUUUGAUGCAUUUUUUCACCGACUUCUCUCAGAACAGCUGUGGACAAAUUCUCAGGCAUGAAAACACUGAAGAUGUAUUGGCAAAGAAGGAAUUUAUUUCUUACAUUCAGAGGGCUAAUGCCAUAUCUAUUUAUUUCCAUUGUACCAUUCCUCACUGUCAAAGGGCACAGACAUGACAUGAACAUGCAAAGUGUUUGCAAAAAACGUACUUUUGAUGUGCUCAACUAUUGUAUUAAAUAUCAUAUAGCCAAACAUUAAUCAUGCCGAUAGGUAGGUAUUUCAUUGUUGCUUUUUAAACUAUGUUUUGGAUAAUCAGAAUACUUGAUCAACAAAAAAAUAUGACUAAUAAGUGAAACAUGUACCUGGCCACUUUUUCCAGGUACACAAAGACCAAAUUAGCACAGCCAUCUCUGUAGUUUCCAAAGAAUGGUCUAAAAUCAAGAAACUAUUAAGGGAGAAGAUGUGUUGGCAAAAUAAAUGGCAGGUAUACAGUUCAUAGAAAAGCAACUGUAUAUUAAAUAACCCACAGCGGCCUGUUGUCAGCGAAGAAUCGACUCAACAAAACUGAGCUACAAGAAAUUAGAAAAUCUUGCUAUUUCACCUGAAACAUCCACCGGGUCAUAUUGGGGUUAAACAACAUUAAGGCACAUGUUGGUGCCAACCAAUAAAUUUCCACCCGUUUAUAUUCAGUGUGCCCAUUUUCUGAAGGCUACUUCCAGAAGGACAGUGGACCAUGUCACAAAGCUACAAACCUUUUCACACAGGUUUGAAUAUGACAUUGAGAUCAGUGUACUCUAACUGUAUCAGCAGUCACAAGGUCCUAACACCUUGGUGAUGUGGUGUAACAUUGGCGUCAUGGAUUAUGGAUGUGCAGCUGACAAAUCAAAAAUCUCAGGAAUGUUUUGAACACCUUAGUGAAUAUUUACCAAAAAGAAUUAAAGCAGUUCUGAAAAAAUAAAGUCACUUAAACCGUAAUACUAGCAAGGUGUAGCACAUAACCUAGCUUUGGAGUAUAAGGUACAUUAUUUUUGCUUUAUAUUUGAAAAUGUACCCUCAAUUAUUCAAUUCAAAAAUACUUUAUUGAUCCCAAAUUAGAUAAAUUAAAUAAGAGAGCUACUCCAACAUGCUGCCAACACAAUUCUAGAACAUUAUAUUCUAUGUCCUAUCUCAUGUAUUCAGCCUAGAGAUAAUAUCACUUUCUGUCUAGAAACCGAAAGAUGAAGACCACUUUUAGAGCUAUAUCUACAAACCAUUGCAUCACAUUCAAACCUACAGUUUAAGGUUUUCCCUUGUUAUUUUUUUAUGCUAAGCUAAGCUAACAAUAGCUAGUACCUAACAUCUUAUGCCAAACUAAUGCUUUUCCAAUUGCAACCACAAGACAGAUGCUUUGAAGCAGACAGGAGUUAAAAAGAAGCACUUGAAGUCAAAUUGCACAAAUCUAAUCCACUCCAGCUCUCGGUCGAGUCGACAUCUAUCAGAUUGUAUUGUUGCUAUGUGUUUCCUAAGAGCUUGUAAAAAUUUACUGGACUGGAGCUGCAGAACAGAAACAUUACUUUGGUCCUGUAAUAUUUACGUUGAGACACCUAUUUAAUCUCAAACUGAAAGGUUUCCAGUUUCCACGUCUCCACUGAAGACUUCACGAAAACUGAAAUUGGCCAAUCCUGAGCUUUUUUUGGGUUUUGUUAACUUUUAAUGACAAAUCAAAAAGCAAUUAUUUUUAUUGGAAACACUCCUUAUUUUAGCCUCGUUGAAUAUACAGACUCAUUUUAUAAAAUAAAAUCAAAAAAUGUCUUCAGUUCUCUUUUAUUGCAUGUUAAAGAAAAAACGGUUGCUACUGUAAAUCACAAUUUUCUCCUGCUAAAGUUUUGGUACUUUGACUUGUUGUGCCAAGUUAAUUAUUCUAAUUAAGAACAAACUAGAGCAAAAUGAGCUGCUAUAUAUUUUGUUCUGACAGCCUUUACCAGAAUUGCCUUUUUCACAAGCCAAAUAGUAGUUUUGUUGUGUUUUGUUUCCUUACAGUAGCCUUGAUUUGCUGUUUUUAAUAGACUUCAGCAGUAAUUAUAGAUGCAGCAGAGAUUCAAAACAUUAAGACAAGUUGUAUUUGAGUGAUAAUGUUCAACAUAAAACAAAGCUUCUUCCCUCAGGAUAUCCCAUUUCCACCCUCUGGUUUAUGUGUAAAUAUUGUGUUUGAAAAAAUAAAGUCUUUGGUUUCCAAGUAAGUGAAAAGAUUUUCCAUAUCGGAGUAUACAUGUUAUGAGAACAAGUAAUUAUAUUAAAAUUGACUGUUCAACGUUGAUAUAUGUAUAUAUUUGCGAGUCCAUCCUUUUUAUGCGUCACUCAUUUGUUUUUUGGGGGGUUUUUUAAGUCACUGCAGCAUUUCAUCACCAUGUCCUCGCAUUUGUCGUUAUUUAUUAAGUCGGUCACUCCCCAUUCAUCAGCUCAUAAUUUUAUGCGCUUUGUUAUUUUUCAUCUUCUGCAGACGCCUUUCAGUAAAACGUUUCUGGACCAAAUGCAACAUCAGGGCUGCAGUAUGUCUCUGAUUCUGUUACAAGCGCUAAUGGAAAUAAAAUGUUGACGCAA